CGCGCGCACGAGCCUACAACACACGUGAUGUGAAAUAAGCGAAGGUGGCGGGAAUCUCCAUACUCUGUGUUGAACCUACGACCUCGUUUACGACCUCGUUUACAGUACACAGACUUUCCCAAGCUAAACCUUUACCGAGACAAGUCGUCCAGUGUGAGAGAUGGGGAAAAGAUUUCGCAGCGGCGGUAUUGGGGGCGGCGUUAAUCGCAGAUUCCUCAACGUCGUCAUAGAUUCUUACGGGAAGGAUGUAUCCGCAGAGGACAUCGUUGACGACCUCCGCUCCAAGUACCGAGAUUUUGGCCGAUUGAGCCGACAUGUCCUCCUGCUUAAUGUCCGACAAGUCCUCAAUUCGAGGAACAGGCGAAUGAAGGAAGACGAAGAAGAAGAUAACAGCGGCGAUGAGGGAGGUGUUGGCACGAGGAAGAAACAGAGGCGAGUCGAUGAGAGAGAAGAGAAGUUGCAGCGGGCGGAGCAAUCGCAUCUUAGACGGCGAAAAUCGGAUCGUCUGAUGUCCACGUCGUCCUCGGACUCGCCGUCGACGGAGUUUUCAUCGCCUCGGACGCGGGGCGGUGUCUCCACGUCGGAGGACGCUAUAUACUGCGAGAAGGUGACUUCGCAGUUCGAUUUGAUCAACGACACUCUACGAGAUUCCUAUGCUAAAUUAAACAGAGCUUCUGUUAACUUUAUGAGAUUUACAUCAAAAGCCAUAUUCAAGAACUUACAGAAAACAGAAUAUAAAACAAAAAUAGAGGAAAAGAGCCUUGGAGUGAUCCCACCAGGUGGGAUUCUACAAGAUUUCAGCCACAGGUUGUCUCUGGCGUUUCUGUUGCAUUCUGUCACCGUGGGAACUGUCUGGUGUUCUUUGUUGUUUAAUAAUGCAAUUCUGGUUCGGCUAAAAAUUUCAGGUGCAUCUGAAGAAAAUAUUAGAGAACUCUUCUCCAAAGCAUAUAGGACUGCGCCAUCUGUCGUAUUCAUCGACGAAAUAGAUGCUAUUGCGUCGAAGAGAGAAAACCAGCAGAGGGAGAUGGAGCGACGGAUAGUGACGCAGCUAAUGACUUGCAUGGACGAAUCUAUUAGGUAUUUAAAGGCAAAUGUUCAAAAUUCUAAUGAAGACGGAUCUGAUUCUAGGCCUCGUCAUGUUCUUGUCAUCAGAGCUACCAAUAGGCCUGAUGCUCUUGAUUCUGCUUUGAGGAGGCCUGGACGAUUUGACCGCGAGAUCCCUCUGAGUGCUCCUGAUGAAAAAGCAAGGGAAGAGAUUUUGUCCGUGCUAACACAUGGUCUUAGACUAGAGGGUUCUUUUGACAGAAAGAGAAUAGCUCGUGCGACUCCGGGUUUUGUUGGAGCUGAUUUGGCUGCUCUGGUAAACAUGAAGAGAAUCGCUAAUGCAAGGAAGUUGGAACUGCCUAAUGACUCUGGAUCGUAAGGAUAUCAACCUCAUUGCUGAAUAAGACCGCAUCAAAGACCCUUCUUGGCGAUUCACGGAGUUGCCAACCGUGAAGCCUACAUAGCGUUUCCAUGGAGGCAUUCUCGUGGUAGAAGUGAGGAAGCACCUGAAAUGGCUUCGGAGGUUUUUCCCACAAUGGUUUCAAGAAAUAUGUGAUUUUCUGACCAUGCAAGUAGAUUCCGAAUAUGGACAUUGGCACAAUGGUGAACAAAAAGAUGCAUGUUUUGACAUCAAGCCCUCGCAGAACACACUUGACCCUUGAAAACGCCAUGGUUGCCCGAGAACCCUGCAGCAAAUGCCAAUACCAAAAUUUCAGAAAAUUCUCUUCACAAUCAGAAACUAUACUAAUUAUGGAAAACUUCGUCAAAUCACUGUGAAAUUCCACACCAAUCUUCAUAUUCCCUUGAGAAUAAGAUUGUCUAUGACUAUUAUUUAACAAUCACAAACACAAUCUCCUUGGCUGUGGCUAUCAAAUAAUAUCCCAAAGGGUAUGCGACUAUCUAAGAAAAAUCGCAUAAAAAACUAUACUAAUACCAAUGAUCACACCAAAGUAGCGUAGUAAUGGAAAAUUCUCGAAAUCAACGCAUAUGAUGAAGAUAAGAAUCCGAGCUAACGCGUGUAAUGUUACACAGAAUCAAACCCUAAAACACAUAAAUUCAGAUAUCACAGGAUGCGGAAGCAUGGAUCGGGAGUUGCCCAAAAGAACUAAAACUGAUCCUGAUUUGAUUUAACACCAGAAAAAUAAGGGCUCAAAGCAGUUAUUUCUAAUGUUCUCCUGCAGUGCUUCGUCCUAAUUUUCACACGAAACAGUUGAAGAAAAAAAUGUCGUCUUGUCUAAUGCUAAGAUUUUUGAAAAAA